CAUGCCAUUCAAAAAUAGUUCCCUGAUUUUAUUCUCUAUACACUUCUUACUUCAGAAGAUCAGAAUUUUCUUUUUUCAUUACCCUUCCUCGGUGAGAAUGGCAAGGAUUCGGAUUCCUAGCACAAUUGUUAUAAUUUUUGUUACGGUUCAGACUGGAUUCUUACUCUUCAUGUAUGCCCGGUACAGUAGCUUCAUGCCUCAGUCUGAGGAGAAACCAUCACAAGUCCACGUACUUAUUCUCUCCUCUUGGCGGUCAGGAUCUUCUUUUGUUGGUCAACUUUUCAGCCAGCACCCCAGUGUCUUCUACCUGAUGGAGCCUGCAUGGCACGUGUGGGUUACAAUGUACCAGAACAGUGCCAAAGUCUUACACAUGGCAGUGCGGGACUUAGUCAGGUCCGUCUUUCUGUGUGACAUGUCUGUGUUUGAUGCUUACAUGCCUUGGAAAAGAAACUUAUCCGAUCUUUUCCAGUGGGCAGCAAGUCGGGCUCUGUGUUCAGCUCCUGCUUGUGACUCUUUUCAACGUACCGACAUAACCAGUGAACUGGCAUGCAAGACUCUUUGUGGACGGUAUCCAUUCAGCAAGGUGGAAGAAGCCUGUAAAACUUACAGCCAUGUUGUCAUCAAGGAAGUUAGAUUCUUUGACUUGAAGGUCCUAUACCCCCUCCUCACUGAUCCGUCCUUGAAUCUCAAAAUUAUUCACCUGGUCCGUGACCCCAGGGCAGUCGUUAAGUCACGGGAACAAUCGGUGAAAGCAUUAGCCCGUGACAAUGGAAUUGUCUUGAGUACCAAUGGCACUAAAGUGGAAGAUAGCAAAUACAAAGUAAUGCAAGAGGUUUGUAGAAGUCAUGUUCAGAUUUAUGAAACAGCUACUCUAAAACCACCUAAUUUCCUGAAAGAUCGCUAUUUAAUGGUCCGUUUUGAAGAUCUGGUAAGAGAUCCAUUAUCAGAAAUCUCAGAAAUGUAUAAAUUUGCAGAUCUUAGUUUGACUCCCAGGCUCAAAAGCUGGGUUUAUAAUAUCACUCAUGGACAGGGACCGGGGAAAAAAAAAGAAGCCUUCAAAAUAACAUCCCGAGAUGCAGUUAGUGUUUCACAGGCCUGGAGAAAUAUUCUUUCCUUUCAGAAAGUUAAGAAAAUACAGGAAGUUUGCAAAGGUGCUAUAAACAUUCUUGGUUAUCAGCUAGUGGAUUCAGAAAAAGAACAAAGAGAUCUGACAUUGGAUUUGGUGUUGCCAAGACGACAAAAUCAAUUCAGUUGGUCAUCAUUUAAUCCAAAGCACUGAGACAUUUUUGAGAGAUCUGGGGAGUUGGGGCAGGGUAGUUGUUUGAAUAUUUCUAUACUGCACAGCAUAUAGUAAUUGGAAAAUCCUUGGCUGUGACUUUAUCUUUUCGUCUACUCCUUUUCUGUUAAUGUAAGAAGUUUUUUUUUUCCCUGAGUUUUUUACAUAUUAAAAAAAAGAGCAAGAUACUUGGUCGGCCUGUUACUGUGCUGCUCAGAGCAUUAUUUUAAGAAUAUAAUUUAAGCACUUUCUAUUAAAAGAUGGAUUCUCGAAGAUGUCUGUUUAUUGAUAAUACUUCUUUUUUUUUCAUGCUUUAAGUAUUUAAGAAUCACAAUUCUUUGUUUGUAUAUAUGGAACAAAGUAAAUAGUAAAUUCCUUCACUUGACUUUCUUCUUUAAAGUUGUUUUGCAGUUGUAUAUUUUUUUUCAGACUUCUGUUGAUGUUUUAAAUCUUAACAUACAAGUUUUCCAAAAGGUGGGGCAACUGCAGCAGCUGUGUUGUAAAAGGCAUAAAUGGAAACUUCAUUUAUUGAUA